AAAUACAAGAAUGAGAUUCUUCAACACCUAAAACAUCUAAAACAAAAGAUGACAGAAUUCAAACUGCACAGCAACCAAACAGAUACCAGACGUGAACCAAAUGAGCUCAGGAUUGUGCUGCUGGGAAAGUCUGGUGUUGGGAAGAGUUCUACAGGAAACACCAUCUUGAGGGAAAACAAGUUCAAAGCAGAAGCCUCCUACAAGUCGGUUACAACAGUGUGUCAGAGAGAAACCUCAGAGGUCAAUGAGAGGCUUGUAACUGUGAUUGACACUCCAGGACUGUUUGGUACAGAUGGUGAUAAUGAUGAGGUAAAUAAAGAGAUUGCUAAAAGCAGCUUUAUGGCAGCACCAGGUCCACACGUGUUUCUGCUGGUGCUGAACCAAAGCCAGCGAUUAAAUAAAGAAGAUAAAGAAGCAGUGAAGAUGAUCCAGUCCAUAUUUGGAGAACAGGCUGUAACAUACACCAUGACGCUGUUUACUGGAGGAGACGUACUGGGAAACAAAUCUAUUAAACAGCGCAUUUUAGAAGGUGAUUCUGAUCUCAUGAGGCUCAUAGAGCAAUGUGGUAACAGAUAUCACUUAUUCAACAACAAUGAAACCAGAGAUCCCACCCAGGUCAUGACUCUCCUGGAUAAGAUCGACUCCAUGGUGGUGGUAAAUAGUGGACACUACAGCAAUGAAAUGUUCUUGCAGAUAGAAAAAACUCUAAACCAAGAAGAACAUGAAAGAAUCCUGCAGGAAAAAGAAAGACAGUUAGAGAAAGAGAAAGAAGAACUGAAAGAUAAAUAUGAAGCAGAGACAGCAAGGCUGAAAAUAAUGUUAAUAGAAAAUAAACAGAUAUUUGAAAAUACUGAGCAGAACUACAAAAUGACAGUGAAAUCACUGAAGAUAAAAGAAUCUGAUCUAAGAGAAAAAGUAAAAGCCAUGGACAUGGAGCUGCUGGAAAUGAAGAGAACUGCUGAAGAAGAAAGAAAGAUUCACAAGAAUAAAGAGCAGGAUUAUGAAACAACAGUGAAUACAUUAAAGAAAAACAAAUUUGAUCUAGAGGAGAAAGUAAAAGCCAUGGAAAUGAAGAGAGCUGCUGAUGAAGAAAGGAAUACAUUUAAGACUUAUAUGGAAGAAAAUAAACUAAAAGAUCAAGAAAAACAAAAGAGAAAAGCAGUGGAGGCAGAGGAACGGAGAGCUUCGGUGGCAAAACUAAAACAAGGAAACAUUCAGCUGAAAGAGCGAUUACAGGAAGAAAAUAAUUCAGAGAGAUGGGAGAAAUCAUUAAACACAACGUCAGAGACUUCUUUUCUCAAGGGGCAUCAGCUAGUGUUGAGUGGAGGUUCUUGAUGCGGCGCCGUCUGAGGGAUGGAAGAUCACGAGCGUUCAGAUUAAGC